UUUCAGGUGUUACAUCUUAUGAACAAAAUGAAUCUUCCCCCUCCUUUUGGACCUGUUACUGCCCGGCCGCCUAUGUAUGAAGACUAUAUUCCUCUACCACCUCCUAUGCCACCAUUUCCUCCUGAAGAGCCUCCUUUGCCUGAAGAAGAGGAUGAUCAAGAUUCAAGCAAAGAGGAGUCAGAAUAUGAAAGUACUGACGAAGAAGACAAAGAGAGAUUUGCAAAACUGAUGGAAUUAGCGACAUUUCAACCAAAGCGGCAGAUACCGACAAAGCAGCGCCAUGCAAGAAAACGAAGAAAGAUUAAAGACUUAUUAAAUACCUCCCUACCAACUCCACAAAGUAAUUUGCAACCAGCGCUAUCACCUUCAGAUGUGUUUGAGCAGCUGCAGCCUGUUGGCCUCAAAAAAAUUGAAUUUCACAUUUCUGCAGACACACCUGCCAUUCUUCAGAAAAGUUGGGAGAAAGAGCACAAUAAUGACCUUUAUGCAGCGGUUGAUGAAGUAUCAAAUGUGGGGUUUGGAAAAAUAUUUCCUGUUCCAAUUUCCAAUCAUAGAGAGGAGGAGGAGGAAGAAGAAGAUGAAAUACCUUCAGAAUUCAUUUCUAAAAGAGAACUAGAAAAAGGCAGGAUAUCAAAAAAAGAAAUGCAAACACUUUCUGUCUUCAAAAACUAUGAGCCCGGUGAUCCAAAUUGUCGAAUUUAUGUGAAGAAUCUGUCUAAACAAGUUCAGGAAAAGGAUUUGAAAUUUAUUUUUGGAAGAUACAUUGACUUUUCAUCAGAAACAGAACGUAUAAUGUUUGAUAUACGCUUGAUGAAAGAAGGCCGUAUGAAAGGACAAGCUUUUAUUGGGCUUCCUAAUGAAAAAGCAGCGUCAAAAGCCUUGAAAGAAGUAAAUGGAUAUGUUUUGUUUGACAAACCCAUGGUAGUUCAAUUUGCUCGAUCAGCGAGACCAAAGCCAGAUUCCAAAGAAGAAAAGAGAAAAGCUAGGAGUAAAAACCCCUGAAGGUUCAUUUUGACUUCCAUGUCUUUCAAGGAUAUUCAAGCUUUGGGAAGAAGGUGUGUGAUCAGCUGGACUGUUGAACAGUACAAGUGCUUGAAAUACAACACAGUUCUCCAUUAACCAUACGUGCAUAUGGGCUUUUAAACAAUGGAGGCCUUGCAGUCAUCUAGCAGCUGUGCAAAAUGUUGCAACUAGAUAUCUAAUAAAUUAUUCACUUUUGCUCUG